UGAACGCGUACAGUAGACGCGUCGCGCAGCGGAGGAGACACACACCUGAGGAAUAGCGGCGCGAUGGCUGAUCAUCUGAUACAGAUCAAUGACUCUUCCGCCGCUGUCAAACGAUUCGCGCGGAAAGGAGCUCUGCGACAGAAGAACGUGCACGAAGUUAAAAACCACAAAUUUACCGCUCGAUUCUUCAAGCAGCCCACAUUCUGCAGCCACUGCACCGACUUUAUCUGGGGAUUUGGAAAACAAGGUUUCCAGUGCCAAGUGUGCUGUUUUGUGGUCCACAAAAGGUGCCAUGAGUUUGUUUCGUUCUCCUGUCCAGGAGCCGACAAGGGCCCUGACACAGAUGUGAGUAAAUGCUUGUACUUCUCUCUCUCUCACACACACACACACACACACACUUGCUCAUACUGCAGUCAGCAUGUUCUGUGUUCUGUUUGUUAA